GAGAGGCGAUACAUUCACUACACACGCGCAUUCUUCUUUUAUGUACAUGAUUUAUUAAUCGUAAUGAUACUGAGUGUAUGCCGUCUUUGCGAGACAGAUUGGUUUUAUUUUUAAGUUCCUGACUUUUCUCUUUUUCUCUCAUGGGUGAUCACUGAAAUUUCAGCGGCAUGUGUACAUACAUUUCUCUCUCUUUCUUUCUCUCUACAUGUGGAAUGAAUCUAUUUUCAUAAACAAAAUGCGAUAUAGGAACAAAAUGACUGUUCUUUUUUCCUUAUAUGAGUAUUUUGAGAAUAAAAAUAAGUAAUGGAAUAAAAUGGAGAUACUAGCUAAGCGAGUAUAUUUCUAAAGAAAUUUUCGUAUAAUUUUUUUAAUCGUUUAUAACAAUAAGUUUACUAUAACAGUAAACUUAAAAAGAGAAAAAGAUUAUCUAUUUUAUUAAAAUUAAUUUUGUUUAUGAUAUACAUAUAAAAUUCUCUUUCAUAAUAAAUGACUUAUUGGCUAUUAAUGAAUCAGUAUGAAUAGUGUGCAUCUCAAUCAAUUGAAUUAAAUGAUCUACUUACCAAAAAAUGCAGUUCUCAAUGAUGAUGAAUAUUUUUCAUCGUAAAUUGUAUUGAUUUUUCAUGAUGCUUUGUUUGCACAAGCGUCAUCGAAGUAAAGAAAUCCUAUUCAAUAUCACGCGUUUCAUAGCUGAAAAGAAAAGAAAAAAUUUAUCAAUAAUGCGUGAUAAUUUAUCUCAGAGAUCAUUCCAUAUAGAUUGGAUCACAUACAUACGCACGCAUACAAAUGUACAUGCCUGUCUAUACGUGCGUGUAGUCUUAUGCAAAGGUGAAAUUGAUGACCUUGAUCUCCAAAUCUAGCGAGAAUGUCUCGACAUUCUCUCACGAGUUUAUGAAAUCAUCUGCGCGUAAUCUGCAUUCUUUUCAUAUCUUUCUUCAUUGCAGUGAUUCUAAAAUUUUUUAAGAAUUUAACAAAUAUUAUGGAAUGCGAUAAAUAAUUUGCGCAAUGCACGUGAAAUUUAUGUAACUGUGCUUUGGGAAGGUUAAAUAAAACGCUUAUAAUCGACAAGUGUUAUUCGUCUCUCCAAAUAUAGAGAAAUAUAGAGAAAUAAAUUAUUACAUCGUUAUUUUCGUCAAACAAGGAAAACGUCUAAAAUCUAGUAUAAAUCCAUAAAUUUUUAAAAUAUAUUUGAAGUGCACAAUUCAAGAAUAUUUAUUUUAAUGUGAUUUUUUAAGAUAAGUAGGAAAAAAUGAAUUUGUGUCAUAUGUUAUCCAACGUAAUUAUUGAAGCGCAGACAAGCUUUAUUACACAUGUUGUUUUACUAUCAUAUGAUUAAAUCUUCAAACUUGAAAAUCUACGUGUCAAUGUAAUAAACAAUGCUAUCAAAUAAAGCACUUUACUGUGGCGUUUUAACAGAAUUGCAGAGAAUUCAAGGAAUUUUCCACUGUUUUUUUGUCUACGCACGCAUAAACAUACGCACACAUGUAAGCGGAGGCGUAUCUUUUACGGUUUGUCGUUGGAGAUAAUAAAUGAUAAAGAACUAUAUCUCCUAUACAUGUGCUAUAUUCCGCAUCAAGGGAAUCGAUACACUUAAUUGAAAGACGGUAUCCGUCCACGAGAUUGGCAACCGCGAAGAUCAAAUUAUAAAGUGCCUUUGAGAGUGAUGCGAUUAUGUGUGCUGGGGAUGUUUCUACCGUCUGUCCUUAUUGCUGGACCACUCUAUUUAAGAUAUCGCGUGUAUUCCGAGCAACUAUACGCUUUAACGAUAUCAGAUCAAAGACUAAUCGACGCCAAAGUAUCCACUAUUUGGUGUCAAAGUCAAGUGGUCAAAGUUAAUGCCACAUUUAAUGCCUAUUUGAUGAGCAACGAACCAGUAGUGGAAAAGGAAACAGUACCGGUUUCGAUGACGAGACAUCUCGUCAUGGAAGAUGACAUGAAGGAGUACUGGGGAUUUUAUCUUCUGCGUGGUAGCAGCGUCACUGUUUCAACUUGUGUAAGAUGGCCAGGUGCUUCUUUAACGAUAAUCCGUGGAUUCAAGAAUCUGCACGAAUGUGCCUUCAUCGGGGAUGACAGCAGCGAGGAAUUCGAGGAGCUCCUUGAGGUCGCCAAGGAACAGGGGCUUCUUGAUUCGAAGGGCACUACGGAGACUGCACGUCUUAGUAACAUACCUGAAAAAAUGGGACGAGUCAGUCAAGAUGUACAGUUUCAUCAUAAAGGUAACACUUUGCGCUUGAACAUUUCCAAAUCAUCCGAGGAUCAGCUGGGCAGUCACGAGCUGGACGCUCAGGCGAUGCGGAAUAUACUUACUCAACUUUUGGCCAAGACUAUUGACACGAAGAAGAAGCAGAAAGAGAAUCCGCAUCAUCAUUAUGAGGCUGUCUUUAGGGAGGACACCAAUAUCGAUAAGCCACCGAUCAUAAAUCGUCCUAGGAAUUCUUCCAGAGAUCAGCUUCUACGAAAACAGACGAUAAGCAAAUCUCGCAAUAAUAAAGAAAUAUCGGAAAAUAGUACAAAAUCUACACAAUUAUCUUCAAAUAUGACGUUUACCUCUGUAAAAGAAUCUGAAAUCAAACGGAAUUCCACAUCUUUCUUCGAUCCUCGUCCUACGAUAUCCAAUACACAAAGGAAGACCGAAACGACAGAAGAAAUUAUGAAAAAGCAAGAAGAAGCGACACCCAAACAAACGAACUCUGCGGAAGUGUUUCAAGACGUUCUGCGAAAGAUCAAUUCUUUAGGCAACCGUGGCAGACAAAUGUUGCGUAAAUUGAUAGACGAAAUUGACGCACGGAACAAUUCCGAAGGUGCUGUGUUGAAACGACUGGUAAAUGAAACGAUGAAUGACAAGAAAUUGUCGAACGAAGCUAAGCGGAGAAGGAGAAGAGACUUGGUUCUUUCUUCACCAAUGUAUCAAAUAUUAACGGAGGAGGAUGAAGAUGGCGAUGUAGCGCUAGAAGAGGACACGUUGAACCCAGACGGUAUUGCGGAGGUCCGUGGCGUCGUGAAUGAAACAACCUUGAACGACAGAAGUAAUUCCGAAUUUUGGAGCUCGUUUAGCAGUUCGGAGGAGCGGUUGUUGGAAUGUAAGGGUCUCAUCAUGAAUUUACCUCUGACACCGCAUCGUUAUUGUACACCUAAACAUGAAAGUCAUCAUUCUACGGCUUCCUUUGCUAAUACUGUAACAUACAGAAUACCUUUAAACGGAUAUUAUUUUUUUGUAUUUAAUUCGGAGAAUGAAGUCCAAUCUAAUUAUGUGAGAAUAAAAUUUGAUCUUUUGAAGACGAUGUACAAUACUUCAAAUCCCGUGUACGCAUGCAAAAAUAGCACGGAAGAGUGCUCGUUACCGUUUAAGAUCUUCAGCAAAGAAAGAACGGUAUUAGAGUUGCCAUUGAGCGACAAUGAUUCGCAAUGGAAUGAGGAGUAUGUUGGUGUGUCUACAUGUGAGCCACGAACAACAGUUUACACCAUUUGUAUUAUUAUGGUACCUUUCCUAAUCCUUGGUUUUGCUUUUUAUUAGAAAAUUACAUUGGCAACAGUAUUUUUCUAUAUUUAUCUUUAUAUCGAUAUGAUUGACGAUGUCAAUUAACAAUAUCAUAUCAGAUCCAGAUCUAAAAAAGAAAGGAUUAUUAUAACAACAGUUCGAUACUAUUACACAUUAUUAAAUCAGUAAUCAGAAAAUACAAUACUUUUAUUUGUUGUAUAAUUAAAGUAAUUUAAAGAAAAGUAAGUCUCAAAAAGAGAAGGGGUGGAUAUUUGAAAUUUAAAUAUCAUUUUAAUUUUAAAAUUUUUGGAAAGUUUAAUUUUUUAUUUUUUAAAUAUCAAAAAAAAAAAUCAGUACCUUUAAUAUCGAAAUAUAUAUAUAUAUGUUCUAUUGAUAAAUCUGUCCUUAUAAAAAUGUAUAUUUAAUAUAUGCUUAAUAAUUUUAUUCAUUUAUAUUAAGUAAAUAUUCAAAAUUUAAUUUUGAAUGAAUAGCGUAUCAUAAUUUAGCUUCUUCAUUAAUUUUCUAUUUGAAUCUAUUGCAAAAUUAACAUAACUGAAAACCUAGAUUUAUAACAAUUAUAAAGCUUUUUGGAUGAGAAAAAUGUGUUGUGAUCUCUUUUAUGCAAUAAUUAUAUGCAAAUUUUGUUUAAUUUUUACUAUAUAAUAUUGACAUACAUAGAGCAUUUACUAUAUAUAGUAUUACUAUACAUUUAAUAUUUACUAUAUAUAUUAUUAUAUAAUAUUUAUAUAUAGUAUUUAGAUUAUAAUUUUUAAAGAUGUAAGUUUUUUUUUAUAGUUUUUGCCACUCUAAUAUUUGAAUCUACAUCAAUCAAAUUUAUUUGAUAUGAAUAAGAAUAUAUAUUCAACGAUUUGGAGUUAUUUAAGUAUUUUCUGCAGCAAAUUAAGUUUUUAUUUUUUCAUAUAACGGAAUAAUUAAGUUCUCAAUAUUUAAUUUUGUUAACGAAAAAAUUCGAUGAAAUAAUAUGACUUAAUUCGCAUUUUACGAAUAUUCGCACAUCCUUAAUUGUAGCAUUUUACGUAAUCAUAGAAUUAUUGAAGUCUGUAGCAAAUGUUAUGAUAUGUAUAAAAUAAUUUCUAAACUUGCUAAAAAAACUAUGUAGUCGAAAAGAUAUUCAUUGAUUUUGCGACUUAAUUGAUUUAAUAAUCGACGAAGCUGCAUCUUAAUAUGGAUCGCAGUCGAUCGCAAUAUUGAGAUUUAUGAGAUUAUGUACUUUAUAUAAUUACCAAAUGUAUAUUUAAGAGUUAUAUCUUUAAGCCAUUUUAAAGCCAUUCCGAAAGAUUGAUGUAUAUGAUAUAAGACUGGUGCCAAGAUUAUAUUUCGUACAAUCUGACUAUUUUGACGUAUUGUAAAUACUCUAGAUUAUUUGUGAUUCGUAUUCGCACGCGCUUCGAGCAAUACAAGAUACGUGAUAUGUUGAGUGAGAUAUCGUAUCCGAUACGCGAUGUAUAAUACCUUCGAGACCUUGAAAUUUAUCAUUAAAGUUAAUGGACGAUACAAUUAAUUGUCGAAAUGUAAUACUGGACAAUAUAAUUGAUUGUUGAAUUGUACAUGCGCAAAUAAAACUAUUCAUUGAACGAUUA